AUGGACAAGCUCAUUGCGGCUGUCCAAGCCCGCGAAUGCCUCUGGGACAAAAGUUACAGAGGCCACAGGAACAGAUUUAAGCUGGAGAGAUACUGGAAUGAGGUGGCCGCUGAGGUCGGGACCACCAGCCUCAAUUGCAGAAAGAGAUGGAAAAACUUAAAGGACCAGUGCCGUAAGGAGAUGAAAAAAAACCCGGCUGAUUCGGAAUGGCCACAUUUCGACAAACUGAAGUUCAUUCACAACCAAUUCUUGGCGGAAGACGAAGAAGGCGACGAUGAUACCACAGAUGAAGUUUUCAAUUCCCUUGAUGAAUCUAUAAAGACGCCAAAACUCGGAUAUACAAUGAGAAAGAAAUUGUUGAUGAACAAAAGGAGAACAAUAGACGUGGACAUGAACAAACUGAUAGAUUUGGUGAGGGCGAGAGAGAUAAUUUGGAAUAGACAACUGAAAGGGCACCACAAUUGGUACAAGUUGGAUGAGAGCUGGAAAGAAAUCGCACAAGAAUUAGGAGUAACACGUGACGAAGCGCGCCUGAAGUGGAAGUACCUACGUGAUCAAGCCCGGAAGGAGGUCAGGAAAGAUGACUCAGAAUGGGAGUAUCUCCCCAAAAUGCAGUUCCUCAUCAACCAGUUCAAUGAUUACGAGAACAAUGACAUCAGCCAAGACGACCAAUACCACGACUAUGAUACAGGCGCAGAUCAGAGCAGCAGCUACUACUGCGUCGAUCCACCUCCUCAAGAAGUCAAUGUCAAUGUAAGCGUCAAAGACGACGACUUUGAUGAAUUUGACACUAAACCUAUAAUUCUUGAGACUGAUUUCUAUGAUGACGAGGAUGACGCACAAAAGAGCGCAGACACAAACAAUGACGGUUGUGAAGGCAGCAAAGAUGAAGACGUUGGAUUUUUCAGCAGCUUGCUACCCCACGUAAAGAAAUUGGGCCCAGCCAAGAAGCUGAUGUUAAGGAUGAAAAUACAGGAAUUAGUUUAUAAUACGGUGUACAGCGAUCCGUAG